AUGACCAACCGACCGGAGUUCUUCAGCUACGGCGCCAACGAUACUAUAUCGUCGCGUCAACAGGCCCUUGUAAAUAAUCAAUUUUCUUCCGACGUUACGUUCCUUGUCGGACCCGAGAAAAAACGAAUCUACGGACACAAAAUGUUCCUCACUGUAGCCUCCCAGUACUUCUAUCUUAUGUUUUAUGGCAGCCUUAACAAUCCGGAUAACAAUGAAUAUAUUGUUGAGGGUGUCGAACCGGAUGUGUUCGAGGAAGUCUUGCGUUACAUGUAUUCAAAGACUGUGGCACUCACUCUCGACAAUGUUCGGAAUAUUUUUGACUUUUCCAAGAAGUGCCAGUUAACCGAGCUGUUGCAGACCAUAGAAAAGUUUCUACGCAAUGAGAUUAACAGAGCAACUACACUUAGAAUUUUCCAAGAUAACGCACAUUACGGCUACUCCGCAAUAGACCAGGCCUGCCUAAACAAUAUCAGAAAAAAUACUUCAUGCUACUUGAACAACGAAGAUUUCACUAAUAUCAACAUGGAUAGGCUGAACAAAAUUCUUCACAUGAAUGAAAUAAACUGCACCACUGAACAGUUGCAAAAGGCGCUUGAAACCUGGCACGCAGCCAACAGCGACAGUGAUUUCAACUUGUUUGAAAUACGGUAA